AAUGCAGUUUGAGCGGAUGGGCCAGCGCAGUGGAAAAACAUGUCUCAAUCGGAUAUUGACUGAAGAAGAGAACCGUUGUUGGCAACUGUUCAGUUUUGCAGGGUGACAGAAGCGGGUAACAAUAAUUGCGCACCAGCGUGUGAGCCAUUGCUUGGAAGCAUCCACUUUCUGUUUAGCUAAUAAAGAAGCCGCGUCUGUAUAGCUGUUUUCAGCUUGCCUCCGCCUGGUAAGGCGGUUACCAAACAAAACAAACAAAACAAAUCUUCUUUUGUUGUAAGCGGGCUCAAAUCGAAGAUGUAUCCCGGACCGGUGUUAACGGCUCUGUUCUGCAUCUUCAGCCGCAUCAGCAUCCACAGCGCUGUGUCCUCAACAUCCCGGAAGUGUGACGACUCCCUGGCAACUCCUCUGGGCUACAGCUUGUUCUCGGGCUCGUCGGUGCUGUCUACAGGGUACGGGGCCGGAUACGCCAAGCUCAACAGGAGAGGAGGUUCCGGGGGAUGGUCUCCCGUGGAUACGGACCGUUACCAGUGGUUACAGGUGGACCUGGGCAGCAGGAAGGGCUGA